GAGACAGAGGGGGAGAGAGAGAGAGAGCAGAGCCUUGGCAGAGAGCAGUUGAGGAGAAAAUGCCUUGCUUUGUGGAGAGAAUUCUUCCAGGGCAGGAGGGAGAGGUGAGACAGAGCGCAGAGGGCGGUCUGCUGCCAGCUGAAAGGAGUUUAUGCACUGAAACGACCUCAGGAAAAUCCAAGAUGGCCGCCAAAAGGAAAGGUGGCCUAAAACUCAAUGCUAUCUGUGCCAAGCUGAGCCGCCAGGUGGUGUUCGACAGCAGCUCCCAGAAUGCAGAAGGAGACCAGAGUGUAGCAGACAAUAGCGAGCGUGGCAGUUCCCACUACGACGACAAUGAGACCAACUUCCCAGAGAGCCUGAGCCUAAAUCAGAGCCUAGAGGAGGACCAGAAGAGACGCGAGGCCAUCGAGAAGUGGGUCAACGGCGAGUAUGGCGAAGAGCCGCCUGUUCCUGACGAUGAACAGGAGCAUGAACUCAAAGCCAGCACUGACGAAGAUGGCCCUCCUGAGGGCGUGUACAUGGUACAGCCCAAAGGCUGCAGCGAUGACGAAGAGGAGGCCGAGCCUGCAGUGGCAUCACAAGAUAGCAGUUUCCAUGACAACAAAGAAGCUGAAGACAAGCCUUCAAAAGAUGACACCUACAUGCCACCAAGCGAGACCCAGAGUCGCCCAGCACCUUUCUCCUCUCCAGGAGAAGCAUCUGCCCUGCGAGACUAUGCAGCCAACACCAUGAAUGAAUUUUUGGGAAUGUUCGGUUAUGAUGACCAGCAGGUAAGGGAUGAGCUGACCAAGAAGAUCAGCUUUGAGAAGCUCAAAGCCGCUACCUCAGACCCCUCAUCCCUUAGCAGUGAGGAGGCCUCACGGCGUGCCCGCUUCUCCAAGUAUGAAGAGUACAUUCGCAAGCUAAAAGCUGGCGAAACCUUACCUUGGCCCAUGCAUGCUUCCCCACCAAAACCAGACGACCUCAACUCAAAACUGGCCCAAGACAAGAGCGCUACCAUGCAUCAGACCUCCAGUUGCCUCCCAGGGGCCGAGGCACAGAUCUACCCCUCCAGCCUGGACCACAAACCGCCAGGAGGUCCUCAGCUGGGCACCUCUCAGCCACCAAAUCCCUCUCAAAUGCAGAACAUGGCGCCCCGAGCCUCCAAGUAUGACUUCUUUAUUCAGAAGCUGAAGAUGGGUGAGAGUCUACAGCAGCAGAAUGGUAACGCUUACAAGCGACCCUCCAAGUACGACUUGGAGAACGUCAAGUUUCUGCACCUUUUCAAGCCUGGUGAGGGUAAUCCUGACAUGGGCGGUGCCAUUGCCUUUAAGACUGGCAAAGUGGGCCGCCCUUCGAAGUAUGACAUCAGAACAAUUCAGAAGCUAAUGCCAGGAAAUCCCGAGGCUUCACUAAUGCCGAAUGUCCUCGCUACGGCACCAGGGAACCCGGGAGCUCCUGGUGUCCCUACUGCAGGUGCAGCUGGGGCCAGCAUUGCCCCAGGGCUCACAAUGGACCAGACAGGACACCUAAGCUUCAACGCCUCUGACUAUCUAAAGUCCAGCUUUUCCAAGACUGACUCCAUCACCACAGGCACUGUGUCCUCCGUUAAGAAUGGCCUGCCACCAGAUAAACCCGCCAGCGAUGACAUCAACCUCUACCAGAAAUAUAUUGCCAGGUUCUCUGGAAGUCAACACUGUGGACAUGUGCACUGUGCCUACCAGUACAGAGAGCAUUACCACUGCAUGGACCCUGAGUGUAACUACCAGGUGAGCAGGUUUACCAGUAAGCAGGAUGUAAUCAGGCACUACAACAUGCACAAGAAGAGGGACAACUCCCUGCAGCAUGGCUUCAUGCGCUUCAGCCCUCUGGACGACUGCAGUGUCUACUACCAUGGCUGCCACCUCAAUGGAAAAAGCACCCAUUACCACUGCAUGCAGGUGGGCUGCAGCAAGGUGUACACCAGCACCUCAGAUGUCAUGACCCAUGAAAACUUCCAUAAAAAGAAUGCCCAGCUGAUCAACGAUGGCUUUCAGAGAUUUCGUGCUACUGAAGACUGUGGCACAGUCGGGUGUCAAUUCUACGGGCAGAAGACUACACACUUCCACUGCAGGCGCCCAGGCUGCACAUUCACCUUCAAGAACAAGUGUGACAUUGAGAAGCACAAGAGCUACCACAUCAAGGAUGAUGCCUAUGCCAAAGAUGGCUUCAAGAAGUUCUACAAGUACGAGGAGUGCAAAUACGAGGGCUGCGUGUACAGCAAAGCUACCAACCACUUCCACUGCAUCCGCUCAGGCUGCGGCUUCACCUUUACCUCCACCAGCCAGAUGACCUCCCACAAGCGCAAACAUGAGCGCCGGCACAUCCGCUCCUCCGGUGUCAUGGGCCUCUCCUCCGCCUUCUUGGCGCCAAAGGAUGAGCCAGAGGAAUCAAGCAACGAUGACCUGAUGGACUUCUCGACCAUCAGCAGCAAGAACUCCAGCCUGAGUGCCUCGCCUACGACCCAGCAGUCCACCACUGUACCACACCUGAUGGCCACACCUAUCACUGUCUCCUCCUCUUCCUCCACAUCGGGCCACACCCUCAAACCUGCACCCUCGCUGUCCAGUGCUGGCCAGCGUAUGUCCAGCCUGCUGUCCCAGGCCCUGCCGAGCAACAUGCCAGUGGCCCUGGCUCUUUCCAACAGUGCCCUGGCCACUUCCAACCCGUUCUUCCCCCUCAUGCCCAGGCUGCCCCUUCAACCAGCCGCUAGCCUGAUGUCAGCUGUAUCUACUGGGGCCCACUCCAUGCCCACCGAUUCACUGACCCAAGGUUGCUCCACAGCGGGGGCUGAUGGAGCCAUGGCGUCUACCCCAACUUCCUACGCCACCUCCUCCAUCAUGGAGAAGAUCUCCGCAAGCAAAGGUCUAAUAUCACCUAUGAUGGCCAGACUGGCAGCUGCUGCCCUGAAGCCCUCCAACAUCCCAGACAUGGGGAAUGGGCAGCCGGCUUCAGCCAGCCAGUUCAAUCUGGUUCAAGUGAAGCAGGAGCCAGUGGACGCUAACUCUGGGGCCUCCCAAGACUCCACACAGGAGCAGAGCCUGGACCUGAGCAAAAAAGACCACAGUAAUGAAUCAAAUGGACACCCUGUACCAGGGAAUACAUCUCUUUUAUCCUCGCUUAUGAAUAAGAUGUCACAGGUGAACCCUGCCCUGUUCAACGCAAUGAACCUGAAGACAGAGCUGGAGGCCGGCCAGGGCGGCAACACCUCCGAGGCAGCUCAGUAUCUGAACAGAGUCCUGAAGAGGCCGAUGCCUGAAAAACCCACUGAGAUCUGGAGGACAUACCUCCGCAGGUUUGACACGGAUGAUUUCUGUGAGGCUCAGUGUGACUUCCUUCAGAAAGUACACUUCCACUGCCUGAUAGAGGACUGUGGUGCACUCUUCAGCACUGUGGAUGGGGCCAUAAAACAUGCUAACUUCCACCUCAGAGCCACCUUGAAAGUGAAGUCGGAGCCUCAGUUCAGUGAGGGCAAGGACUCCGGUGAGGGAGCUCCGCUGCAGCCGGCUGCACCUGUCUCUAUGGCCAACAAUCCCUCCAUGGAUGUGGCACACCUCACCUCUUCAGGUGGCUACAGCUCUCCGCCUCCCUCCCUGCUGGCCUGGAAGCAGCUGACUGGCAGCAUCCCUCAGAUGUCUGCCUCGAUGCCCAACCUGCCAGCCAACUCUCCUCUGGCCACCACCUCUCUGGAGAAUGCUAAGCCACAAGUAAAACCUGGUUUCCUGCAGUUCCAGGAAAAUGAUCCCUGUCUAGCCACUGACUGUAAGUACUCAAACAAGUUCCACUUCCACUGCUUGUUUGGGAAUUGCAAGUAUGUGUGCAAGACGUCUGGCAAGGCUGAGUCCCACUGUUUGGACCACAUCAACCCCAACAACAACCUCGUCAACGUCCGUGACCAGUUUUCCUACUACUCUCUCCAGUGUCUCUGUCCCAACCAGCACUGCGAGUUCAGAAUGAGGGGCCACUAUCACUGUCUGCGGCCCGGCUGCUAUUUUGUCACCAACAUCACCACCAAGCUGCCGUGGCAUGUGAAGAAGCACGAGAAGGCAGAGCGCCGUGCCGCCAAUGGCUUCAAAUAUUUCACCAAGAGGGAGGAGUGUGGAAGGCUGGGUUGUAAGUAUAACCAAGUCAACAGCCACUUCCACUGCAUCCGUGAGGGUUGCCAGUUCUCCUUCCUGCUGAAGCACCAGAUGACCUCCCACGCACGUAAACACAUGAGGCGGAUGCUCGGGAAGAAUUUUGACAGAGUCCCAUCCCAGGUAAUGCCACUUGGUCAGAGGUCAGAUGACAUGCACCAUGCAUCCGGCAUGAUGUCCGGGUCUGUAACAAACCAGUCUGGUAUCAACUCCAGCUUCUCCUCCAAUGUCAUGGAUGAGACUGAUGAUUACAUGGACUACAUGGGAGGAGGGGGCAGCCCCUUGGGCCUCUCAUCCGAGUCCUCCAACCAGGAUCGGAGCUGCACCAGCACACCUGUAGGCAACGAUGGUUCUCCAGCAGGACAAGGCUGCCCUGCCACCACUUCUGCUCCUACCACCCCUGCUGACACUAGCGCUACCCAAAAUGCACCUACUUCUUCCCCUCCUCCUCCUCCUCCUCCACCACCACCACCUCUUCCCUCCGCUCCUCAGCCUGGCCUCCAGUCCCAGGCCCCAUCCCUCUCUCCUGCUCUCCUCCGACCUCCUCUCCCCUCACUCCCAUACCUCCUCUCUCCAUCCUGUCUGUCAUACUCUCUGCUCAGCGCCUCUCUGGGAGCCACUCGGAGUGUUGUCAUGCCAACCAACACACCAGCUUUCAGCCCCAUCAUUGCCACUCCGUCUCCGGUUAAAAAUGACGUCCCUAUAGUUCAGGAUGCUGCAGGCAACACCAUCUCCAUUCCCACGGCCACUGGUUCAAAGAAGCGCUUCUGGAUCAUCGAGGACAUGUCACCGUUUGGCAAGCGCCGCAAGACCGCAUCGUCACGUAAGAUGCUAGAUGAGGGGAUGAUGCUGGAGGGCUUCCGGCGCUAUGACCUCUACGAGAACUGCAAGGACUCAGGCUGCCAGUUUUCUCUCAAGGUGACCCACUACCACUGCACACGUGAGAACUGCGGCUACAAGUUCUGCGGUCGCACCCACAUGUACAAGCAUGCGCAGCACCACGACCGCGUGGACAACCUGGUCCUGGACGACUUCAAGCGCUUCAAGUCCUCACUCAGCUGCAACUUCCCCGACUGCCAGUUUUCAGGCAACAGCACCCACUUCCACUGUCUGCGCUGUGGCUUCCGCUGCACCGACAGCACCAAGGUGACAGCCCACCGCAAGCACCACGGCAAGCAAGACGUGAUCAGCGCCGCCGGCUUCUGCCAGUUCAGCUCCAGUGUUGAUUGUGAGGUUCCCGACUGCAAAUAUAAGCUCAAGUGUUCGCACUUCCACUGCACCUUCCCUGAGUGCAAGCACACAGUGGUGGGCAUGUCCCAGAUGGACUCCCACAAGAGAAAGCAUGAGAAGCAGGAGCGUGGUGAGCUGCCCUCUGUUUCACCCAAACGGGAAGGGGCUCACCACCUGGGAGCAAAUGUGUCUGUUGUCCCUCCGGUCUCUAUGAGUCUUUCUACUUCCUCACCUGGCGGCAUCCACGGGUUGUCCCACACCGUCAACAGCAGCGCUCACUCCAUGCUCUACUCAACAGGCAGCAUCGUAUCUGAAUAUAACCACCCGUACCCACCAUCCUCCCUCAGCCUAGACAGCUCCCUGAACCUGAGCACCGACACCAGCAGCUCCCUGUUCUUCCUGAAGAAUGCAGCCGGUCUGGGUCUCAGCGACUCACUGGACCUCAGCAAGAAGAUGCACCACGACGCAGCGCGACCUGGCCACAACCUCGCACCACCGCUCAGUCUGCCGGCAGCUCAGGACGACACCACAGGAACAUCCGGAGAGGCUGAAGAUGACCUGUCACCAGAGGAGGAGCCGCAUGCGGAGGAGGAAGAAGAGGAAGAAGAAGAGGAGGAGGAGGAAGAGGAGGAGGCAGAAGAGGAUCUCAACACUGACUCAAAUGAUGAUUCAAUGGCAGAGCCUGACGGUGAAAAGGACAAUGGCGAGAGUUUUGAUGCUUCCGUUAACCACACUGAUACUUCCCAACUGGAAAAGCAAGACGUUGACCCAUGAAAAAAAAAAAAAAGAACCUAACAGUGACUGUAGGAACUGAAGAAAAACCCUGUGUACUUUGAACAAACAAAAAUGAAAGUGGCCUCAUUUAUCAUGUUUAGACACUUGAGAUGACAACAAAAAAACAACAACAGAGUGGAGAAAAUGACGGCCCAAAAUGAUUUAUUAUGAUGUUUACAAGAUGACCAACAUUAUUAAUUCAAUUAUGCAUUAAAAAAAUAUGAACGGAGACACACAGAAUUAGGCCCUGUUUUACACACGGGGCAGCAAUGUAAAGCAUUUUACUACACAUCAGUCUUUUUGUGUGCGUGCAUGUUUGACUUUAAUUUAUUUUUAUUUUUUUCACUUUUUUGUGUGUGGAUAAAAAAAAAGAAAAAAAGAAAACAUUAGAAAAACAAAAACAAAUCUCUCUAUAUAACUAUAUAUGUAAGUGUGUGUGUGUGUGAACGAAGAUAUACAAAAGGAAAUUGCUGGCUCAGGCGACAUGAACUUGUGGGGCCGUGGAUAUGUAGAAAAAAAAAGGGAUGUGAAUCACUAAGGGGAAACAGGAUGUGUUCAAACAUUUGAUCUUUUUUUCUGUAUUAAUAUUGUUAUUAAUUAUUAUUACUAGACACAGAGAAAGGGGAGUUACAUUUUGCUCGUUCCCGCCUCUCUCAGGUGUCUUUCUUUGUUCUCAAUGACAUGUGGAACUGACCAGUAAAUGUGGUCAGUCUCAGCUGCAGUCAGGCGUCCAACAGGCCGCCGGUCUCAACAGUUCUCUCUGACAUUCUGCUAAAAAAUGUUCAACUAGCACCAAAACCAAGCUCAGCCCUUGUAAUUUUACCCCCCCAUCGCGGAGGAAUCAAGUUUGUGUGUGGAUAGUGCACUUUUAUAUUAGCUGACCAUGAUGAUAACGAUGAUGAUAGAUAACUCAUAAGCAUAUUUAAAAAUAUUUUUGUUACCAUUUGCAUCUUUGCAUUACAAUGUUGUUUUGUUGUGUUGUUAGUCAGAAGCAUAUCGAUCUGUAAGCAAGGUGAGUCAGGUUGAGCAGGGGGAGUCAGGCUGACCAGAGGAAACGAUGAGUCACUCAGACGUAGCGAGCAGGCUGACAGAGGAAGCGUCAGGGAGUGUGUGUUUUAUGUUGAAAAUAUACAGACCGAAAAUGUCUCACGGCAUUUUGUUUUCCAUUCACUAUGGCUGUGGUUGAGCUCCUGUUGUAACGGUUUUUAUUUAAUAUUUAUGUGACCUUCCAAUGAGAAAUUUUAGGGUGUUAUUGCACUUUUUAGGUUCAUUUUUACCGUCUGAAAAAAAAAAUGAUAUAUAUAUCUUUUAACAGGGAAUUUGCUUUAAAGAUGUUGUUUUAGUUCACUUUUGCUUUAAUGCACAAAUAGAUGUUAGUGUGACAAAGAACUGUCGUUCUGUGAUUUAUUUAAAGACUGGUUUUUAUUUUGCUUCUGUGAUUGGACAGUUUAAAAAAAAAAAAAAAGGAAACAGGUGCGCCAGAAAACGUGGCGCCCUGAUAAAGAACACUAAUAUGGACUGUGAUUUUAAAUUAAUUCUUAAGAAGUUCAUGGCAAUGCUCACUUACUGUAGUACUAAAUUAUAAAUCUGUCAAAGCCACCCUCUGGUUUAUAUUGAGCGAAUAUGUACGACCGAGUUGACACACUGAUCAUGAAUUAUCUCCUGAGCUUGGCAUUGGAAAUAAAUGAUCAUAAUAUAGGGAAUAAUAAUGUGUGUAGAUGAUAUUCCUCAGAUAUUGUUUUGAGAAGAAAAAAAGGUUGUACAGUAUUUUCCUCUGUAAAAAAAUAACUAUAUAUGAACAAAAUGCUCUUUGAUGAACAGCUUCCUUUAAAAAGAAAACCGUUAAAAGGAGAAAUGAAUAAUAAAAACUUAAAAAUUCAAAUAGCCUCAUCAUAGUUUGCUUGUGUGCGUGACCUUUUUUAAUUACCCCAGAUUUUUUGGAAAAAAGUUGUUCAUACUGUAGCAUUGGCAAAUUCCGUUAUAUGACAUUUGCAGUAUAUAUAUAUUUUUUCUUUUUCCAAACUAUUGUCAGAAGCUCAAACUAAAAUACACUGAUUUGAAUUCAUUCAUCGAUGUUUCUGCUUUAUUUAACGACUCAGUUUUAUUCAUUGUCAUUUUUCUAUGUGUGUGAUUUGUUUGUUUGUUUGUUUUCUCAUUAAUUGAAACUCUUGGUUUAUAUUUACUUUGCUGUGGGCAUGCCUCGUUCACAGACUGAACUGUCUCCCAGGACUCAGCUGCAACACGGAGGCGACAUUUGUUUUGUUUUCUCGCUCAUCAUUUGCUGAGAUAACUGUAGGGGGCUGGGAGACGUUGAGCACUUGAAUUCAGUGUGUGUGUGUCUGUGUGUGAGGGUGUAAAAUAGCGGGACUUGUAAAAAGUUGAAAAUAAAGAAACUAUAAUUAUUAUAACAAUACACAUGUAGUGCUUGAUAGUGCUUCAGCCUUGGGUCACAUGGUGAGGGGAAAAGUGCUGCUGGACGACAGCAGGGCAAAAGGUCACAGCAGCGACCUCUCUGUCUCUUUUUGUAUCUGUCAGUGACACUACUGAAGAGUGUGUGUGUGUGUGUGUGUGUCUCCCCCUGAGAGAGACAGAUAGGCCACGGCUGUAAGAACACAGACCUGUGGCUCCGUCCCAGCUGCUCAGUGCUUCGAUUCAUAUUUCAUGACCUUGCGCGUCUUUUCCAUGCUUUGUUCCCGCUAUAAAUCCAACUGGGACUUUUUGUUUUUUGGUCACAGAAUUUGAGGAAAACUUUUUUUUUUUUUUUAAAGAAAAAAAGACAUCUGCACUCAUGCAGGUAGAGGGAUCAACAAUAUUUGUUGCUGGGUUCGCACGUUGUUCACGCUUGACAUUCUGGUGUGAGAACAAGAUCAGAGCCGAGGACCAUUAGGGAGAUUUAGAGGCCUGCUACUGCUAACAAGAUGGCUUUCUGUGUCUUGUUCAGUGUUAACAGGGCACAUUUAGUUGUUUUUUUUUUUUUUUUUUUUUGCCUUGAGCCAUGUGCUGGGUUCUCCUCCCACUCCCUCAUGUCACCCAGUGGCCAGUGUGCUGGUUCUGUCUGUCCCUUCGUCUACAGCUGUUCCUGUCCUUCCUCCUUCUCUUCCUUGUGAUGUUUUUUUUAAA